AACAAGCCGGCUUCAGCUUCCGUUCCAGUCAAAUAUCGAACUGAGCUAUGUGCAAGGCUAGUUAUCAACUUACGAAAAUUUAUAGAUGAGCACUGGCUGUAUUCGCAUGACGCAACAAAAAGUGGUGAUUAAAGUUGUUCGAGGUUUAAAUAGGCUCCUUAUAACUCCUUGAGGCGAAUCGGUCUACUCCCACUAACCACGAGUUUGAGAUGGGUCCUUACAUGAAGAAAUCGUGCUAAUUUUGCGUAAGGAUCGAGAAGUCUGGUGGUUGGAGCGUGCUAUCUAGUUGAAAGAAGCGUUUGCAUCUGAUAACUACCGGAAGCUCUUCCAACUCGUCCGAACCACUGGCAGCAAGAAAUGCUGUGUGAGGGAAAUAACAUAUGAAGCUGAUAGGGUGCCAAUCAAUAUCACCCACCAGUGUCUUAGGAGAUGGACUUAGUUCUUCAAGGAGCAGUUCAGGUCGUCUGCUGCUUUGACGGAAUCGGUCAGACCGUCUUGUCCUCCAUUGCCAACGACGACUGAUUCUCCUAACGAUUCAGAAGUUUUCAUGGAACUCCAGCAUUAUUAUUAUUGAUGGCUUUAUUCAAUAUUAUAUUUUGGUACAAUAUAGAAUUCUCAGCAACCGAAUAACAUUGUCAUAAAACCCAGAAGAUUUACUUUCAGGCCUUUUUAAGGACGGUCGAGAACCUCUAGUCAUGAAACUGACUAGAUUGUUUCGAAGUGUUUGGGAAUUAGAAUGUUUCGAUAUCCUGGAAUUAAGCGACAGUUCCCUAACUUUAGAAUGACUCACGUCAUCUGCGCAACAACUAUUGGACGGUAAGUCUACUUCCAAUCGGGUCCAAAUUAUCGACAUAUUGUUCAGAACCCUCGAAUGAUUGAUUCGAGAGGAACAGGUUAGUUUUGUUCUGGUUGAGGAUGUGUUGAUCAUAUGUUCAUGCUCCGCUAAAUGUCAGAUCACCGUCGUACUUAUUGAAGGCGAAGCAUCGUUUUUUCCCCGAUAUCAGGGUCGCCUUUUAUUCAUUGAACAGCACUGUCCUCUGUGAUUGUUUGUCGAAAAAGGGUGUGCUUGUGAAGCUCAUUAACAUAUUGAAGACACUGUAGAAUCACCUCAGUCAGUGUGAAAGCAUGCAACUACCUCUCCACCUAACUCCAUCCGAGUAGUUGGGUUAGUCAGAGUUGCCCGAUCUCAUUAUUCAUGUCCAACUCUGCCUAAAGUCACAUUCUGAAAACAGCUCUGUUAGAAGUAUGUAGUGGUGAUGCGUAUCUGUUACCUGAAGAAAGACUCUUCCACGUUGAGUAUGCGGAUGAUGUAGUCUUACUGUGCGAGGAUAUCUAUGCCAUGCGAUCCGCACUUGGUUGGAAGUGUCCGUAGGUAUGGUAAGUGCUCUGCACCUAAGUGCAAAACACAUGUACGGGACUGACAGGAGCCUGUACCUGCACUCACUCUUGGAAGUGGGCGGUUAGAUGUAGUCGAGAAGUCCGUGAAUUCGGGUAGCUGUUUAAGUUCAGGUGAUGAUACUAAUUUACGUAUAGUGAAAUACAGAGUGGCUUAUCUCAAACUGGGGCAUCUCUGGUGCCUUCGCGAUGUUGGUCUUGUUGUAAAAGGUCGAGUUUACAACGCGUUCUGCUGUAUGGUUGUGAAACCUGGCUUCCGAGUUGAGGAUCUUAAGUGAUUAUCGUUGUCUCUAAAGAUUUCUGACAUUCAGUGGCAACACCAUGCUAGGAACACAGAAGUUCGGGGAUGUGUGUUCGAUUGCAGUGACAACAAUCCGAUUGGUGUCACCAUCUUGAAACAGGGAAUUUAGUGGCCUGGAUAUGCAUUACGAAUGUCGUCCCAUGUCGUGCAUCAUUUGCCAACGCUGAGACUUGUUGGGAAAAGCGGAGGUGUGGUCGGUGUAUGACAUGGUGUCGCAGUAUGAAGUAAUGCUCUACAGGACUAUCGUGCUUUUCCAAACCGAUACCGUUGACGAAGCUGUUUAACAAUUGUUUUGUCGUAAUUUGGGACUUCUGACCAUGUACACCAUUAACUGAAGCUAGGAGUCAUCGGCCAUCAGGAUUCAUCUCCUUCUCUCAAACCUUCUGAAAUUGGAUGUUUAAAAGUCUGAAAUCAAGAUUAAUCGUACACUUAUAAUUUUUAAUAAAACAUAUCUUCAAAAUAGUUGACUAUGCAAAACAACCAUCUUUUAGUAACAAUAAAUCUUCUGUGAAUGAAACUUUGAGGUACACUAACGUUAGUACCUUUAGAACCAAUAAAUGUUUUUGCUCCCAGUCGAAUACGAUUAAUCCCGCUUUCUUAACCUCUAUGUACUGUAAAUGACCAACAUUUAUUUAAUUAAAGUUUCAGUUCGUGGUUUAACUUCACUCCAAGAUUUCGUACACUCGGUAUACUUCAAUUCAUUCCACUAAAGACUCAGCAAUAGGAUUAUUCAUAAUUAAACAAAUAUAUUUUGCACUAAGAGAAGCAUCAGGUUAUUUGGAUUGAAUAUUGCCCACCUAACAAGUAAAGCUGGCUCAUUUUUCUUAUCAGAUUUCUCGUGAAUAUGUUUAUGUGAAUCCGUAGUCGGAGCCUUUAGCUGAUCCUGCUUUCAUAUUGUCACCAAGAUAUUAGAAUAAAGGUUUCUUCUAUUUCGAAACUUAAUCUAGUCAAGUACUAGUUGUAAGUUAGCCAUAUGUAUCUUUUUUAUUUUCAGAAUCUUUUAGGAACUUUAAUUUGUGUUUGUUUCACUUUUUAAGGACUAUGGCAUCUAGUGAGGAAUAUCCUUCGCCAUCAGGAAAUCUACCACUUCAGUCGUCGGCUAAACGGAUUUCCAAAGCUCGUAAAUCUUGUUCCGGAGAUCACCAAAAUUGCAGUCCGGUUAGAAAAAAUCAUAUUGACGACUCAAACAGCAUUAUCUUCACUCCUUCCAUUGAUAGUCGAGAACUUGAUCGUCUAAAAUUCACUAACCCAGGUAGACAGAUGGAAGAACUAGAAGUCGGUUGGUCCGAAGCAAAUAUGACACGGAGUGUUCGCAGACAAAUGACCGUUAAAUCUGGUCACAAAUCAUCAGAUCGGUUGCAUCCGUUAUACGAUUCUCGUGGCCGCCUUUUAGGAACUUUAGAAUAUAGUUGUGAUUGCCUAAAAUCUGAAUGUCCUGGGUGCCAUUUGCCAUGUCGUAGGUGCCAUUCUACGUUUUGUGGAGCAUCAUGUCGAAUUUAUCGAACUUAUCGUGUUAAUGAAUGCAUGUCGUCCCAUGCUAUCUUCCUAUCCAGUGUCGUCCAUUCCGACUUUGGCGUUUAGAUCUCCCAUCAGGAUGGUGAGGUCCUUUCUUUGGCACUUCGCUAUGAUUUGUUGCAGCCUAUCGUAGAACUGAUCUUUAUCGUCGUUGUUGUUAUCAUUGGUGGAUGCAUAUUAUUGAAUAAUAUUCAUUGUGAUCCCCUCCUUCUUUGUUUUGAA